AUGCAGGAUGAAAUUCUACUGACUCCCUGGAGGGAAUUCCCUGUCGAGGACUCCGACCCCUUUGCCCCCCCGGAUGAUGAGAAGUGGGACUUCGUCCUGGUAAGUGACAUCCACGAGGUGGGCAGCCAGAAGGAGAUCAAGAGGAAGAAGUUCCUGGAUGAGCUGAGCAAGAAGGGCUUCACCAUCAAGAAGAUCGAGGACCAGAAGCUCUUCUAUGGACUGCGAGCCCCGCGGCAGCUCUUCCACAAAUACCAACAGCUGCUGAGGAACCCUGACCGCAGCUGGCACAGCCCUGAUGCCCACCAGGAGGUACCAGUGACCACCAGGAUCCGGAUCGUGAGCUUCAUCCUGCAGAACACAGUGACCCCCGACCUGGAGAAGCUGCACGACCUGAUGAAGAAGAAGGUCUUUGAGGCUUCCUUUCCCCUGCACGAGAAAGAAGAGGUAAGGGAAUUCCUGAAGGAGAAAUGGGCUCGCUGGAGAAGCCUCUUUCAGCACCAGCCCAUCGAGAAGAUCAGGUGCUACUUUGGGGAGAAGGUGGCACUGUACUUCGCCUGGCUGGGCUGGUACACGCGGCUGCUGGGCAUCGCCGCCCUGGCAGGCUUCCUGACCUUCGUCAGUGGCAUCACCAUCUUCAGCUCCAGCCAGGUGAGCAAGGAGAUCUGUGAAGCCAACACCACCGUCAUGUGCCCGCUCUGCGACCAGAACUGUCCCUUCUGGUACCUCUCUGACACCUGCACCUAUGCCAAGGUCACUCACAUGAUUGACAACGAGGCCACCGUUGUGUUUGCCAUGUUCAUGGCAAUCUGGGCCACUGUGUUCCUGGAGCUGUGGAAGAGGAACAGAGCCACUGUGGUCACCAACUGGGACCUGUACGGGUGGGAUGAGGAGCAGGAGGAGCUGGCCCUGGAGCUGAUCAACAACUUGCAGCACGAGCCCCGGCGGUACCAGCACUCCUACCUCCGCAGCACCAUCGUCCUCACCUUGGUGCUGGUGAUGAUCGUGGUGAUGAUCGGCAUCGCCCAGGCGCUGGUGGUGUACCGGGUGGUGGCCACUGCCCUCUUCAGCCAGAGCGAGUCGGAGCUGCUCCGGGAGCAGGCGAACACCGUGGCCGUGGUGACCGGGGCCGUGCUGCACUACCUCACCAUCGUCAUCAUGACCAAGGUCAACAGGCGAGUGGCUCUCUUCCUCUGCGACCUGGAGAAGCCAAGGUCCUUCUCCCAGCGGGAGAAAAAGUUCACCAUGAAGAUCUUCACCUUCCAGUUCUUCACUCACUUCUCCUCACUCAUCUACAUUGCCUUCUUCCUGGGACGGAUCAACGGCCACCCGGGCAACUACGUGCGCAUCGCUGGCAAGUGGAGGCUGGAGGAGUGCCACCCCAGCGGCUGCAUCACCGACCUCUUCAUCCAGAUGGCCACCAUCAUGCUGCUCAAGCAGACCAUCAGCAACGUCAUGGAGUACCUCAUCCCCUGCAUCGCCCACAGGCUGCGCAAGAAGCGGCAGCGCCCGCGGCAGAGGAGCUCGGUGCUGGGGGAGGAGGAGGAGGCUGAGGACCCCUGCAAGAGGCAGUGGCUGAACAACUAUCGGCUCAACGAGGUCAACGUCUUCAGCCUGUUUGAUGAGUUCCUGGAGAUGGUGAUCCAGUACAGCUUCACCACCAUCUUCGUGGCUGCUUUCCCCCUGGCCCCGCUCCUGGCCUUCCUCAACAACAUCUUUGAGAUCCACCUGGAUGCCAUCAAGAUGAUGAGGCUGUACCGGCGCCUGGUGCCCCGCAAGGCCAACGACAUCGGGGUCUGGCUGCAGGUGCUGGAGGCCAUCGGCAUCCUGGCCGUCAUCGGCAACGGGCUGGUGAUCGCCAUCACCUCCGACUUCAUCCCCCUGCAGGUCUACAAAUACACCUACAGCCCCUGCAUGGCAGAGAACAGCUCUGGUGUGGACUGCUCCACUGGGUACAUCAACUACAGCCUCUCCGUGUUCCGCACCCAGGACUUCGAGCCCCAGACGAGGGCCGAGGCACUGCCCGGCUUCAACGGCAGCCAGAGCAGGGAGUGCAGGUACCGAGAUUACCGCAACGCCGACGACUACAGCUACACCGUGCAGUUCUGGCACAUCUUCGCUGCCCGCCUCGCCUUCCUCAUCCUCUUCGAGCAUGUGGCCCUCUGCGUCAAGCUGAUCGCUGCCUGGUACAUCCCUGACGUCCCCCAGUCGGUCAAGAACCAGUUCCUGGUCAGCAAACACAGCAACCUGCGGAAAGAACUGAGCAUGAUGGAGUACUCCACUGAGGUGUAGCCGCUGCUCUGCACGGAGAACCACGGAUCUGAGCCCCUGUCCCCAGCCUGGCAGUGCCAUGGACAUGAGAGGAACCACCCUGGCAGUGCCCACGGA